UAUAUCUUCCGACACACAGCACAAUUUGCUGUCAGUCUUGUUGCCGUCCGUCGUCGGAUCAAAACAGAGAAAGGCCAAAUAGCACAAGUCAUUACGUACCUAACACUGCACAUCGAAGCAACCGAAUUCAUCGCUGGGCCACUUUUGUUGACCUAGAAACCACGCAGCCUUGUCACCAGCAGCGUUUGCGUUCGCCUUCAAGUCCUAGUACACCUUCCACAGCGGCAGCAAACUGCAGCGCCUACUUUGCAACAAGAUGAGGCCCACCGGCGAAGUGGUGGCCGCUUUGCGUAGCCUGAUGAAGAAUCUCCCGAACAGUCUGGGAUCGAUCAACGCUUACAUCAUUCCCUCGGACGACGCCCACCAGAGCGAGUAUCUGGCCAAACGGGACGAACGCCGUGCCUUCAUCUCCGGGUUUGACGGAAGCGCUGGGACGGCUGUUGUUACCGACAAGGAAGCCCUCCUGUGGACGGACGGUCGCUACUACCAGCAGGCCGGUAAGCAACUGGACGAACAAUGGACGCUCAUGAAGGACGGCCAACCGACAACGCCCACCAUCGAUGCCUACCUGGCCAAGGUCCUCGAACCAGGCUCCAAGGUCGGAGUUGACGCCAAUCUCAUCUCCACCAGAGCAUGGAACCCACUGCAUACUUCGCUGAAGUCCGCCGGAUGCUCCCUUCUACCGAUCACACCCAACUUGAUCGAUCUGGUCUGGAAAGAUCAGCCUGCUGCCCCGCAGCAUCCCGUUGAACCCCUCUUGGUAGAAUAUACCGGCCAAACGGUUGCCCAGAAGCUGGACGCCGUGCGUGAAAAGAUGAACGACAAGCGAGCUUCCGUGCUGGUGGUCAGUGCCCUGGACGAAAUCGCCUGGUUCCUCAAUCUCCGCGGCUCGGACAUCGACUACAACCCGGUGUUCUUCUCGUAUGUACUCAUCACCCGUGACGAUAUGUACUUCUUUAUCGACGAGAAAAAACUCUCCGAAUCUAUUCACGAGCACUUCCGCACGAACGGAGUUCAGCCGAAAAUUCGGCCUUACGGCGACGUUCACCAGGUUCUGCGGACGCUCGCCGAGUCUUCGCCUGAUCGGGUGUGGAUAAGCUUGGGUUCUAGCUACGCCCUCACUGCGUUGAUCCCGGAGGAGAAGCGACUUCACGAGAUAACUCCAAUCAACCUGAUGAAGGCGGUCAAGAACGACACGGAAGCGGCUGGAAUGCGCGCCUGCCACAUCAGGGACGGAGUGGCCCUGUGUCAAUACUUUGCCUGGCUGGAACGAUCGCUGAAGGACGGCAAGGUGGUGGACGAGAUCAGCGGUGCCGACCAGUUGGAACUGUUCCGCAGCAAGCAGGACAAGUACAAGGGUUUGAGCUUCACGACGAUCAGCGCUUCGGGACCGAACGGAUCGGUGAUCCACUACCAUCCUCUGCCGGAGACCAAUCGCCCGAUCACCGAUAAGGAGAUGUACCUCUGCGACUCCGGCGCGCAGUUCUUGGACGGAACCACAGAUGUAACCCGAACGAUGCAUUUCGGAACACCCACUGCGGAGGAGGUUACUGCAUUUACCCAUGUUCUGAAGGGCCAAAUCGCGCUGGGGACGGCCAUCUUCCCGCGGAAGGUCAAGGGGCAGUUCUUGGACACGAUCGCGCGUAAGGCCCUUUGGGACGCUGGUCUGGACUACGGACACGGUACCGGACACGGCAUUGGGCACUUCUUGAACGUUCACGAGGGCCCUAUGGGCAUUGGGAUUCGUCUGAUGCCCGAUGACCCCGGACUAGAGGAGAACAUGUUUCUCUCCAACGAACCCGGAUACUACAAGGUGGGCAAAUUCGGCAUCCGUAUCGAGGACAUCGUCCAGGUCGUAUCGACCAACAUCGGCGACAACUUUGACGGGCGUGGAGCGUUGACGUUCCACACGGUCACGAUGUGCCCCAUCCAGACGAAGCUGAUCGACGUCGGGCUGCUGACGGAAAAGGAACGCACGAGCGUGAACCGAUACCACAAGACGGUGUGGGAAACGCUGUCACCGCUGCUGAAGUCGGCCGGCGAUGCCGAAACGUUGGCUUGGUUGCAGCGGGAAACGCAGCCGAUUUGAUCGGAGUAGGCGGAGCAGGGGCGGUCGCCCCGAGCAACAGACAUGUAUUGAACUAGAUAUUUUGAUGAAUAAAUUUAUGUCGAACCCGUA